AUGAGUUCUCCAGCUCCUAAGAAGUUCUCAAUGGAUAAUGUUAUGAGCCGUCAAAAGAAAGAUGCGAAGGAGAUGCGGGAGGAUGUGGAGGUUAUUAAAACUUCCCUUGCAGCGAUGACGGAUGCCAUCGGUUCCCUAACGGCCUUUGUGAAGGUCGUUUUCACGGAAAAGGCGCAGGACAAGAGUUCUCUGGAGGUCUCAUUUCCUCUAAAAACGGAAGAAGACCUCCAGAAAACGGAUUCCUUAAUAAAUGAGGAAUCAUUGCCGAAACUUACUAAGACGAUGGUAGAUAUAUUGAGGAAGGGAAAGGUAAAUAAAACAAUAAAAGAUAUCCUAGGCGAAGGAAUUUACUUAGAGUACAAUAUAGAUGAUGCAAUGUAUGUUAAGCCCAUCUAUGUUAAGCCCAUCUAUGUUAAGCCAAUGUAUGUUAAGCCCAUCUAUGUUAAGCCUAUGUUAAGAGAUGUUAAGAUCAUGUGA